AGGAAGCCUCGCUGUGGCCUUGGCCCGGGCGGGGGAGGGGCAAGCGAGGGGGCGCGCAUCCAGCCUCGUUCUCGUUUUUGUUACUUUUUUUUUUUGCCGCUGCCGCGCCGCCCAGCCCCGCCCCCACCGCACUUGGCCUCGGAGUCUUCUCCUCGAGCCCCCUCCUCACCUCACGCAAAAGCGCCGGGGCGUGCACGUUCCCGGGCCUUGCGUGGGCGCGCUGCCAGUCAGGGUCUGACUGAGACGGGCAGAGCAGCGUCGGUCCGUUCGUCGGUCCGUCCGAGGCUUUCGUGAGGGGGGUAGUGGGGGUGUUGGCGUGAAGGAGCCAGCCGCCCGGAGCGAUCUGGCUGCACCGGUACCGAAGGAGACUUUUUCAGGCCCCUAGGUUCGUUCCGAGCGGGGAUCGGUAUGUCACAGAAAAAGACAGGCCGAGGCCUUCCCCGCGCUGGCGGCGGCGGCGACGAUGGCGGCGCUAGCUCCGGCGGCCCGAGCGGCAGCCGCGACGAGAGCGACGGCCCCAGCACCAGCGGCGGCGGCCUCGGUUUCAGCCAGGCCCAGGUACAGGCCCUGGCCCAGGCCUUGGCUCAGGCGGGCCCCUCGCAGGUAGACGAUGACGUCAUGGAGGAGGCGGGGUGUGAGGAGCCCGGGCCCACGGCGACCCCACCGAUGCCCUCCACAUCGUCGUCGUCGUCCUCUUCCUCCUCCCAGGCCCAGAAAAAGCCGGCCAAGCGCACCGAGGCCCAGAUCCAACAGAAGGUGAACGAGCUGGUGCAGUUCCUGCUGGUGAAGGACCAGAAGAAAGUGCCCAUCCGCCGGGCCGACAUGGUGAAGACCAUCCUGCAAGACUACAAAGACCUGGCCUCCGUCAUCAUCGAGCGCGCGGGCCAGACGCUGGAGGAGGUCUUCGGGCUGCAGCUCAAGGAGAUAGACCAGAAGCACCAUACUUACAUCAUCAUCAACAAGCUGGAACGCCUGGAGGGGGAUGGCAUGAGGAACGACCAAAGCGUGGCCAAGAUGGGCCUUCUCAUGGUGAUCCUGAGCCUCAUCUUCAUGAAGGGCAACUCGGCCCGGGAGUCCCUGGUCUGGGAUGUGCUCAAGAAGCUCCGUGUUGAUCCAGAGAAAAGGCACAACACCUUCGGGGACGUGAAGAAGCUGGUCAAGGAUGAGUUUGUUCGCCAGAAAUAUUUGGAGUACAACCGAGUCCCCCAUACCGACCCCCCCGAGCAUGAGUUCCUAUGGGGACCCAGAGCUGCCCACGAGACGAGCAAGAUGCAAGUACUUCGCUUUGUGGCAAAGAUUCAGAAUCGGGAGCCUUCGAGCUGGGUGUCCCAGUAUAACGAGGCCCUCCAAGAUGAAAUGGCAUCAGCUUCUGCAUCUGGCUCUGCUUUAUCUGGCAACUAAACCACCUGGGCCCAGUUUCAGGUACCAGCCAGCAUUUUCCAGGCUGGUAUCAAGAAAGCAGAAAUUCCAUAAGUUUUGAUAGCAUAUUUGCAUGUGAACCACAGGCUGAGACCCUUUUACCCUCCACGGUCCAACAUGAUUCAACAUUUUUCCUCCUCUCUGUACUUGAUUCAAUGACUUUGUGGACAAACCUUCCUGAAUUGAACCACUACAUCCUUUUCCCAGAUUGGCUAAAGACUUUCCAAUACCAACCCAUUGCUUCAAGGACCUGUCCUCCCUUAGGCCUGGGUGAGCUUCCGUAGCCUUGAACCCAUCCAUGGACAGGACUACUAAACUAUAUCAUAUAUAUGCCAAGCCUGUGUUUCCAGUUCAGUUAAUAAAUUUCAUCUGCAUUCA